AUGACGAGCGACGCCUUUGCAAGUUUGUCGGCACAGCUCAUAGCUUCCGACUCGCUCCUCUCGCUCAACCUCGCUGACGCGGCAUUACCCAAGGACCAGCUUGAAACGAUCUUGUUCGCACUGCCACGCAUGCUUAGCCGCCAGAGACAAGCGUGCUUCGUGGGCCUUCCCGUUUCGAUCGAGACCGAGAUGCUUGUGACCGCUGUGUUUUUCCUCGUGCGAAACACACAGUAUGUGUGGCUGGACCUAACGGCCGACGACUCGUUCGACCUGGCCAUGUCCCAGCGCCUCUUGACAGCCUUUCGUGCAACGUCGCGCAUGCGAUUGGGCUUUUUCGGCAAGGAUGCGCCAGUAGUCCACGAGGAAGACGUCACACGCUACGCAGCGUUGUACGGCAUCGAGUGCGCAAAUUGGUGGUACAGGUCGCCACGCCGCAUGCCGUGGCUCGCGCUGACGUAGUCGAACGAAAUCGUAUUUGGUG